AGGAACAGACGAACGAAACUGGGGAGCAGGUUGAUACGGAUUAGGAGCGUCUCGUGGCGUUCCCGUUUCGCUUUGGUUUACAAAGUAAAAAAAAGAGUGGAACGAGCUACACUUCCGUGUGUCGAAAGCCGUCCACGAAGGAGUUCGCAUCGACUUCAAACGAUUGACACAGAGCUGUUUUUGACGAUGCUAACCAAGUGAUCGUAACUCGAGGCUUCAUCCAAGAUCAUGGAGAGACACGUGGGAAAUCACCCAAGGAUUGCAUCGAAAUUACGAAUUCUCGCAAUUUGAGCGCCAAGUAAUUCACGUCCAAAUCUUGCGAUUCCAACGGCUUCAAUCUUUCACUCUCAUUGGGGCAUCUUCCCGGCCGUGCUUCGGUGGUGAAAGCGUCUAAAUUAAGCUUGUCUUAAACCCUCCUCCCCCCCUCCCCCUUCAUUCGACUCGCCCCAAAUCGAGCGAGUGAGCGAGCAACCAUCCGAUUCAUUUCGUUGUGUAACCGGCUGUUCCCGGAAUGGCCGAUAUUCAUCACUCACGUUUGGAUCUUAAUUGAAACCUACUAACAUCUUCCUAGCUGUGAUCCGACCUUGAUGGAAGAACCUUCAGUUCUCACCCAGCUCGUUGGCCUGAACGGACCGAAAGACUGAGGAUUUCCUCAUUAUGCAGCAGUAGCUUAAUUCACCUUGCUGUGUUUUUGUGUGGUUCUUUGGCUGGCUGACAGACUUGCUGGCUAUCAAUGUUAAGCCUGAGUAACAAACGAAUGGACGAACGGAGUAGUGUUUCUGGGCUAAUGAAAACGGUAGACACGAUCCAUACGUUCCCUUUAUUCCCAUUGGAACUUCGAUUAUUGGGAAUAUUUUUCUCAUUCCAAAUUUCCUCAGUGAAUCUCUUGGCAAACCAAGAGAAGAAAAGGCAAGGGAUAAAAGAGGAGUAGAAAUCAUUAUUUGGAUUGAGAUCUCGCUCAGGCUGGUUGCAGCCUUUGCCUCCUCAAAUAGAAAAAGAAAAACUUUUCCCCAACAUUCGAUGGUGCCUUGGUUUUCACUAAUGGUGAUGGAACUUGCUCACUUAGUGACGUGACCGUAUUUUUUUGAGGUUUUCCGACCCUGCCGUCCUCACUGAAUUGGAAGUGGUGUCUGAGCCAGCAGAGGUGUUCAUGGUGGUAUCUCAAGUUGGUGUUGAAUUGAAAUGUGUUCUUUCAAAAGCCAGGAGACCCAGCCAAGAGCAAAGAGAGCUAAGGAGCUCGGAGUGGAGCUCCGUCACAAAAGAACCAAACCCGCUGAUGUGUGAUCGUGAACAGAUGGAAACCAUCUCGCAUUUCCUCCUCUUUUAAUCUUGUCCCCAUCCCAGUGGGUAUACUUGGUCUGAACUAGUGGGUGUGUGGUGCAAGAAAAUCUACGCUUUUCUAAAAAAACUGGCCCACAUUUCGUGCAUUAUUAACCAGGCGAAUUUGUCGUCGUUGUCGUUUCCCUGAAUGAGAGACUAGUGCUCGUGGAAGGUGUUGUGAAGGCCCUAACCCUCUCCGACCACGUCUACCGAAUCCGUACGGACAGUUGACAAGAGCACCGUUGGCUCAUUCACCAGGUAGCCGAGUCCUAUGUACGAAUGCUUGGAAUCACAACGUGGAACUUCUCAUCCAAAGAAGUUUUUCCCCUUCAACUGAGGAAUUCCAAGCCAGCCAACUUCGUCCAUCUCGUCCGUUUGGAAGCACCACCGAAAGUAACAACAGUCUACAAGGUAUCAGGGCAGAAGGACUGGAAAAGAGAACUUGCUUGUCUGGCGAGGGGAGGUAGUAACCAGUGAAAGUGUGGGUCGUGGAGUGGGUGGCCUACCAUCUACGCACAUGGGAGGUUUGCUGCCCCAAUCCCAGAACCAUUCGGGCAAACACAGAAGGGCCACAUGAAUACUAUAGAUAUCUACAUAAAUGGCCUAUUUUCCAGUUGGCUGGAAAGAAUAAGAAGACCCCUGUCUCCUAACUCGGGUCCAACGGUUGUGGGAGCUCACUUGUGAACAGAUUACAAAUUUGGUACAUGCCGAGGAUAUUACCAGACAAUACAUAUUGUACAGUGUCGUUCGUUGCCAUAUCUUCGAUCAACUCUACCUUGUCGGAAUUUCGAUAGUUUGUCUAUACCAAGUUCAGGACGGGACCCAAUUUUUGACAUGCAAGUCGAGACUUUCAAUCUUGUGGCGGUUGUAUUUUAAGGGACCAACAUUUGUUGCUUCCCACAUCACCGAAUCAUCUUUGGUCUUCAUUCAGCUUUCUUUCUUUGAACAUUCAUAGUUAGACAAUGGUGUUCAUGCCAUGUCCACGCUCGAACUCAAACCCGGAGGGUCUCUGUUAUGAAGAAUAAUGGCACCAUAAAGAUAUUGUCCUCACUGGACAACAGAGAGAGAGUUAUAUGAACGAGUAUUAGAGGCUGCACGAACCACCACUUCUGACCAAACCCUUCUCUCGAUCUUUUGCCGUUAGUGCUCUGAAUACUACUCUCCAUGGCACAGUGCAGCAUUGCCAGGCGAAUUAGGUCCAACUAUCAAGGGAUCGUCAUUCUCGAGCAUCCUUUGGUGUAAAUUGCUUUCAGCUCACGGAUAAUCAGACUAGACCCAACGUGUUUAAGCCAUGUCAUCCUCGACUAAUAAGACCAAUCACGGCCAACAAUGCCAACCAUUUCAUUCGCACUCGCAUUCUCAUCAUGCCCCAUCUUCUAACGAGAAACUCAAGCGAUCUUCAGGUGGUGGCAGUGCGAAUGGUAAUGGCAACGGAAGUGGUGUGGGCAGUGGUGGAGGGGGAACCAGGGACCAGCCGACCAUCAAAGUGGAACACUUCCCGUCUUCCCCGUCUCAUAAUCAUGAUCGAUCCGUUAGUAACAGCCGGCGGAACUCCCCUUCAGGCUCAAGUUCGUCGAGUCGACGCGGGAGUGACACCAAAGAAGGCAGGAACCAGUCCAGGAAGAAUGUCGGCAAGUCAUCCCCCGUGAGUGAUGAAGGGGGAAGCCGAGGGCGUGGGCGCAAUCAACACAAGUUGGGCGAAUCCUCGCUGGGCCUGGAUUUGCAAAUGAAUCUUCAAGUACGUCGGAAAUCGUCCCCUUGCAUUGGCGGUCUUCAAUCGGCCAGUUUGCUUCUGUCCAAUCGACUGUCGGGCUCGUCCUCGCCUUCCCGUUACAAAAGUCCCAAGGACCUACGUCCCCAAAUUUCGCCCACUAUUCCAACGCCCCAUGGCACAUCAUCAUCGUCCUCCGCCCAUCAUCAACACUAUCAUCAACGCCGCCGCUUGUCCUCGCCCCCGAACUUUGAGCCCCGUUAUGGAAGCGGGCUAGGGAGUUGCGAUUGCGGAUUAGGCGAAUGCGCCAGCGGUGGUGCUAGCAGUGGGAGUAAUCACUCCAGUGGUCACGGAUCUCUGUCCCAACUGGCCAUCUCGGGCUUGAACUGCUCGAGUACGGACAUGCGUGAGCACACGCUCCGUUCCGGCCAUCAACAAAUUCAGACACUAUAUGCGGCCAACAACGUCACCUACCCCGAGAGUAUUUCCAUUAACAUGUGCAAUGCACCGGAUGAUUCGACUGUCCAGUGUGACUGUGGUCACAUCAAUUGUCCCCUUUGUAAUCUUAUGAUGAAUUUAGAGCUCACUGAUCCCAAUGUUCUCAAAUGAGCUGUGGAUAUUGGAGAUCGCUCUCGAACCGGCUCUUGGUACUUUCCAUCUGUCAGAGGUGCCUUCGUUUUUUGGCCCCAAGGACUGGAUUGCAUUGGUGCAAUCGUAGUUGUGAUAUACACUUGAUGAGACACACGAUCAGCUCAUGCAAGGACGACUUCACCAUUGGACAGCGACGAGGGAUGGGGGGAAAAUGAGUAAUUCCAAUUCCAAUUCCAAUCAAUUAAAUGCAUUUCUCUUUACAUGAGUUGAUUCAAUUAUAGCAUCAGAAAGCAAUGGUCAGUUUUGAUUUCAAUCGAACAUCUGUGUUAAAAGUAAUGAGCAUUUAAAACUCGGACCAGUGAGGGCGCAAAUUGAGUGAGCUAGCACCACGUUGGUAAAAUCUUACCAAGGUGGUGCUAAGCAAGUGAUUUUCUGCCCAUAACGUCGUACUGAGUUUCAGGACCUCAUUGCUUUUGACGCGGACGCUCGAUUGAGGUCAAAAUUGGCGAACGCUUUCUGAAAUAAAUAAAGUGCAACUUGUGGGAAGGAAAAUACAUUGGGUUCAUCUGGAUAAAAGUUAGGUUUCCCCCACCCUACCGUCUCUGUCCAGUGAUGACGUCGUCCUUGGUUCAUGUUAUAGAAUCUCAGAUCUAAAUCAACUUUGUGCCAAACCAGUAUCUAUCUAUCGUAUGUAUGCCAUUCAUUCCAUGACGCUUUUAACUUGGACCAUUAUUAGCUCCAAUUCUAAGCCAGCCCGAAACCAUCCCGACCAUGCAAUGGAUGGCUGAUAAAGAGCGCAAGAACGAUGAGUGUGUCCUUGUAAAUUAUAUCGUCUAUUAUUGCGCGACGAAUCAUGUCAGUAUUCAAUUUCCCUUUCGUCGAAUCCUGGUGUCUUCAUCAUAUUUGCUCUUAGUCCUUUGUUCUGACACGUGUGCGCCCUCAAAUGCAAUUAACAGGAUAAAGGCAAACUUGGAAGAUUGUGGUGACAUUCA